AUGAACGGAUGGCCGGAGACCAAAGAUGAUGUUCCUGUAGUAGUACGUGAGUACUACAAUUACCGAGACGAAAUAACGGUACAGAAUGGAGUUCUAUACAAGGGCAUGAAAGUUAUUGUUCCAUCAGCCAUGAGAGCCCUAAUGCUGAAUCGAGUGCAUAGCAGUCACCUGGGAGUCGACGCCUGUGUUAGACGCGCUCGGGAUGUUCUCUUUUGGCCAGGUAUGCAGGCAGAGGUGAAAGAAAAGGUGACACAAUGUAGCACCUGCAAUGCGUUUCAGCCAAAACAACAAAAGGAGCCUAUGUUGUCGUAUGAUAUUCCGAGCAGGCCUUGGAGUAUUGUGUCACAGGACCUUUUCACUCUUCACAACGAGGACUAUCUGAUAACUGUUGACCACUACAGUGAUUACUGGGAGAUCGACAAGAUAACAGGUGACACCAGAGCAGCAGUCAUUGUGGCAUGCACAAAAGGCCAUUUCGCACGAUAUGGACGUCCAGACAAGGUGAUAACAGACAAUGGACCCCAGUUUGUUGCCAAGGAGUAUGCUCAGUUUGUUACCGACUGGGAGGUUGAGCAUAUAACCUCUUCGCCAUUGCAUGCUCAAAGCAAUGGAAAAGCAGAAUCAGCAGUGAAAAUUGCCAAAACUCUCCUAAAGAAAGCAGCAAAACAAGGAGAAGACAUCCAGUUGGCUUUAUUGGACUGGAGGAAUACUCCUGCUGAUAGUGGUGCCAGCCCGGCACAAAAGAUGAUGGCUCGACGAACCAACACUCUACUACCAACACCAGAAGCACUCCUUAAACCACAAGUAAUAGGGGGUGUAUCACAACACAUCAGUCACAAGAAACAGAGGGCCAAGAAAUACUAUGACCAAACAGCAACACCACUCCCUGAGCUAGAGAUUGGACAACCGGUCCGCAUCCAGCCUAAGAAUCGUGGUUUGGAGUGGGGCAAAGGAGUCUGCAUGGAGAAAGUUGGUCCACGGUCAUUCUUGGUUCAAACAGAAGCUGGCCGAAUGCUAAGGAGGAACCGGAGGUUCUUGAGAUCAACAGCUGAACCUCUCAUUCCAGACACACAGAUGGCUGAGACAGAGAGCCCAACAACAACAACACGUGAUAGCCCAGAAGAUGCUACUAUAUUCCAGCCAGUGGGUCAACAACCAUCCUACGCUGAAGUGACAGCAAAACCAGUCGAAUCGCGUGCUAAGGAGGUACCCGUGAACAACUCUCAGACUCAAUCAACAAGCGCUGGUCGCGUAACGAACCAAUCGAACUGGCCUACCAAAUCUACGCGCACCAGAACAGGAAUCCAGAUGCCAGCGAAAUAUAAUCAGUUCGUUAGCAAAUAA